UGAAAAAGUUUGAGUGUUUUCCGUAUCACUACGGUAAGGCAGUGGCUACGAAACUUGUUCCUGGAGGGAAGCACAAUCACAUAGUUUUUCUUCGGUGUUGUUGUGAGGAAAGCAGCUAACAAAAUCAACAAUCAUGUAUCCAGCACCUCCGCGGCAUCCAUCGGCAUCGGUGAGUUCUUCAAAAUACGUCCAUCCGUACUUAGGAGGACCGCCUCCUCAGGGGCGACAGUUCACAAUAGCUGAAACGCUGGAAAGGAUCAAAGAGGAAUUCAAUUUCCUCCAGGCGCAGUAUCACACAUUGAAGCUCGAGUGUGACAAACUGGCAAACGAGAAAACAGAAAUGCAAAGACACUACGUUAUGUAUUAUGAAAUGUCUUAUGGAUUAAACGUGGAAAUGCACAAACAGACCGAAAUUGCGAAACGACUAAACGCUCUCAUCGGACAGUUGCUGCCAUUUCUAGCGACGGAGCACCAGCAACAGGUCGCCUCGGCGGUGGAACGGGCGAAACAGGUCACGAUGCCAGAACUGAACGCAAUCAUUGGUCAACAUCAGCAACAGGGAAUUCAGCAACUUUUAAUUCACGCCCAGCAGAUCCCGGGUGGACCACCGCAACCCAUGCCGGCCCUCGGGGCCCUCGCCGGCCCGCUGACGGCGUUCGGGGGCCCAAUGGGACUGCCGCACGGAGCGCCCCAAAGCUUGCUGAAAGCUCCGCCCGAUCUGCACCGGGAGGACCUGAAGGUUCCGCUCGGUGGCCCGUCCGCCGAGGAGCGAAUGCGCAACUCCGUGUCACCUGCCGAGCGGGAAAAGUACCGACCACGAUCACCGCUGGAGCUGGACGGCGAGGCCAAGCGGCGGAAAGAGGAAAAACUUAACCACGAAAGUGAUGGUGAGAAAAGUGAUCAGGAUUUAGUGGUGGACGUCGCGAACGAAACGGGCUCACCCUCACCCCGCGCGAACGGUGAUCAUCAGUCGGAUCGUGGCGAUCGAGACAGUAUCGGGCUGAAUGGAAGCGACAAGGCAGGAUCGAGCAGUUUGAAAGGUGCCAACGACCGGCCACCGUCCCGUUCCGGGUCCAGCUCUUCUCGGUCAACACCCAGCCUCAAGACGAAAGAUCUCGAUAAACCGGGAACCCCGGGAGCGAAGGCACGUGUCCCCACGCCCAACUCGUCCACCCCCGGUGUACCGAAAGCCGUAGUACCUUCGCCAGCCGCCGGCUAUCCUCCCUCGCCAUAUCAGCGUCCAUCGGAUCCGUACGCACGACCACCGCCCGAUCCGUACGGUCGCCCGCCGAUGCCUUUCGAUCCGCAUGGCCACGUUCGGACCAACGGCAUCGCGCUACCCGUUUCGAGCGGUAAACCUGCCUACUCGUACCAUAUGAACGGCGAAGGUGCCCCGCAGCCGGUUCCGUUUCCGGCGGACGCCCUGACUGGUCCCGGAAUUCCCAGGCUUGCCCGCCAAAUCAACACACUCUCGCACGGUGAGGUGGUGUGCGCGGUCACCAUCUCCAACCCGACCAAAUACGUCUACACUGGCGGCAAGGGCUGCGUGAAGGUGUGGGACAUUUCGCAACCCGGCAACAAGAACCACGUCAGCCAGCUGGACUGUCUGCAGCGAGACAACUAUAUCCGGUCGGUGAAGCUGCUCCCGGACGGCCGUACGCUCAUCGUCGGCGGUGAAGCGUCCAACCUGUCGAUCUGGGAUCUGGCGAGUCCAACGCCGCGGAUAAAGGCGGAGCUAACGUCGGCCGCACCGGCCUGUUACGCGCUCGCCAUCAGCCCCGACUCGAAGGUGUGCUUUUCGUGCUGUAGCGAUGGCAACAUUGCCGUCUGGGACCUGCACAAUCAGACGCUCGUGCGGCAGUUCCAGGGUCACACGGACGGUGCCUCCUGCAUCGACAUCAGCCCCGAUGGGGUACGCUUGUGGACCGGCGGACUGGACAACACUGUCCGAUCGUGGGACCUUCGGGAAGGCCGCCAGCUACAGCAGCACGAUUUCAGCUCACAGAUCUUUUCCCUCGGUUACUGUCCAACGGGUGACUGGCUAGCAGUCGGAAUGGAGAACUCUCACGUCGAAGUGUUGCACGCGACGAAACAGGACAAAUAUCAGCUGCACCUGCACGAAAGCUGCGUCCUGUCGUUGCGAUUUGCCGCCUGCGGCAAGUGGUUCGUCUCUACCGGCAAGGAUAACCUGCUGAACGCGUGGCGCACGCCGUACGGGGCCAGCAUAUUUCAGUCCAAGGAAACCUCGUCAGUACUUAGUUGUGAUAUUUCUACGGAUGAUAAGUACAUUGUUACCGGCUCGGGUGACAAGAAAGCAACAGUGUACGAGGUUAUUUAUUAAGCGUGAAGGAAAUACGUUUCGCUUUACGCUUCACCAACACACACAAUAAAAUCCAACCCCACGUACGUAUGGAAUGGACGAUUCAAUUCGAUUCACUUUACGCUGUGGCUUGCAACAUUGGAGUAAUUGUGCUAAGUCGUUAAACAACAGACAGACAGCUAUUUAAAAUCAAACAAACAGAAACACAUGAUGUGACUUAAAGGUGUCGUAGUGGCGAAGUGUUGAAUAUCGCUUUACUGCGAGGGCAAACCAAGCUCCCGAAAGCCACUUAAAAGCACUAGAGUGAAGAAGGUUAAAUUGAGCGAAACAUUCACAUCCUGCAUGUAUAAAACACGCAUCUGAGAAGCGAGUAGAAGAGGAGAAAAACAGGCACUACGAGAAGCGGGACGGUGCCCCCCACGCCGGGUCGCCCAUCUCAGUUAAAUAUUUGUUUUUUAGAUUUCUAAAAUUGUACCGAUAGAGGAAGACGUUGCUAAUCCCGUAUGAUUGUUACAUCGAUCGUAGAAAUGUGGGUGUGUAAACAGUGAAAUGAAUGGGAGAAAAAUCACAAAGUAAAUAUUAAGUAACUUAAGAGUAACUAAGAACGCGGUAAGCUAAAGAAAAAAUCGAGUAUGAAUUAACGUAAAAUACUAUACAAAGUUUAGAAUCGUAAGCAACCAAUAGACAACGCUGACACAGAAAGAAAGUGCAUGCAAAUGCAAACUUACACAUGAAGCGAACGGAUGGAACAAACUAAAAGAUGUGGUGUGAAGUUGAUCAUACCAGAGCAACCAAAUGGAUUUCGUCAUCAUUGCAGCAGUGCAAGCAAAGAAGGGGAAAAAUCAAAUAAUUCAAACAUUAGGCAAAAAUCUCGUUUCCAAACUUUGCAAGCAGUUGAGAGCGAUGGAUUUGAAUUUUAAUAUUAAUAUAAUUGAUGAUGAAUUAAAAUGGCAAAACAUACAACUACCCUCGAUUAUCCGAUUCCCGGCCGCAUUUGUAAGCGCAAGCUACCGAACAGAGAACCAGCAUCAUCCCAACAGUGUCAAAAGCGAGUGAAAAAUAAAAUCGAGGCGAUGAAUACAAACAUAAAAAAACGUGUAAAAAUGAGCUGUACAUGAAGUGAUGUUGCACAUAGCGAAACAAAUCAGUUGCUUAGUAGAGAGGAAGCAUAACUUGAAUAUAUAUUACUCCAACUAGCUGUGUACAGUAUUUCGGGAGCCCCUUUGGAGUGCAUUCUCAGCGGUUUCAACAAGAUAAACGAUCAAAAGGCAUCUACCGGACACGUACAACAACGUCAGCCAACACGGAACGGAAUUUGAAGAAUUGCACAUGAGUAAGGAGCAAGUGAAUAUGGGGAAGGCCGGUCGAGACCGGAUUUCGGUAGAACCCUGCACAUAGUUCGUUUAUGUGUGUGUAUAGCUGUAGAAAUGGAAGCCGAUUCGGGUCGGGUCGGAUGCAGAUAAAUCAAUUUCAAACGUUCGACGUUCGAAAGCAUUUCAUUAGCCUCCAUGUCCGGAGGGACAAAUCCCCACACCAUUGGAUGGACGCUGGACGAAGUGUGAAGUACUGAAAGGAAGAUGGAAAUUUAAAAAAAUCAGUGAUGGCUGUGGCUUAAAGGCAACCACACUGAUACAUUAGUGCUAAUUAAACCAAAAGCAGAAAAAUAAAGCAAAACAAAGGCUUUUUUGUAAAUGUU